CCUUAAUUGUUUCAUCGGCCAGUGUGAGACAGUCAAUCACCUUGAUAAGUAUCAACCUAUACGAUCGGCAGAACAACCAGAAUAAUAAAAUUAUGUCCGCCGUAAAAGAAAUCAUUUAUUGCUUUGUUGUACUCACAACAGUUACACUAAGCCUUUGCGAAGUUUCUGAGAGUGUAUCAACGCCUGUGGCGAAAGGCGAUUGCUCAUGUGGCGGUUUCUCGUCGCCCACGCCUGAGGCAGGCUCCGCGCCGCUGAUAUCCCACGCUCCUGGCCUGGUGGUGCCCUGCGACGAAGCGGGAGAGGGCACCUGCAAGGAGUUCUGCCUGGCACUAGCUACCGCCACCAGAGCUAAGGGACCGGAGAUCCUGUGCGCUAAAAUUGUUGACGCUAAGGAGCUGAAGUUGUCAGCGUUUUACAAAGUAUGCGUCAAGCCAUGGGUAUAUGCCAACAUGACUUCGGAAGAAGCCCUGUGUUGUGAGAAGAGCAAAGCCGUUAGCUGUCCCACUCCCACCACAGAUAUCGUAAACGUUACCAAUGUUACCGUUUAAUAUAUUUUUUAUAUAAACAGGAAUAUAUUACCUGUAAUAAAUGUAU